GUGGUCUCUUUGUAGGACAGUGCAUAUGUUUCACAUACUGCACACAGUCUAUUUCGGUGUGUUCCCUCUGCUGGGAGUCAAGUGAGGAAAAAAAAAUAAUACAACGUGCCCUGUAUUCAGAGUCGAGCUGUUACAGAAAGAAGAGGGCUCAAGGGGAGGGAGGGAGAGAGGAAGAGAGAGAGAGAGAGAGAUCCAAGGACAGGCGGCACUGACGGAGGGGAAACCAGCUACACCACACUCAGCCUCCGUCACCCUCAGAUCACAUCGAGACGCCGUCAGCGAGAUGCUUGCUUAGAUCAGAGGAGCAAAGCGGGACGGGACGAUAGCUAAAAGCUGCUGAGACAAACCCACGCCGAGGACCGAGGGAGAGGGAGCACGGGGGGGAGGGGAGGACAGGGGGGGGGAGGAGGAGGACGUUUCAGAGCGUGGAAGAGACAACAACUGCAGGUUGUGGCUUUAAAACGAACAGCUUGAAGGAAAGAAGCCGAGGUCCUUCGUCCUCUCUCAGGGACACCCCCGUGUCUCGCUGCAGAGAGCCCCCCCCACCCGGGGUCCCUGAGGUCUUAGUCUCCGUGCACCGGCACCCCCCCCCCCGAGACCAUGAGCGAGGCGAAGAAAGGCGAGCUCGCCCUCCGGGACAAAGCCGCCCUGCACCAGCAGAGGCGUCUGAAGCAGGCCACCCAGUUCUCUCACAAGGACUCGGCUGACCUGCUGCCCCUGGACGGGCUGAAGAGGCUGGGCACCUCCAAGGACCUGUGCGGCGAGAGCGACGUCAGGGCGUCCAUCGACACCGGCAGCCGACACGACCACAUCUCCAGCUCCUGCUGCCGGAGGCUGGGACUGGUUCCCGUCGAGGGCGGCGGCGGCUCGGUGGCGCUUCUGCAGCUGCAGCUGGGCAGGCAGACGGUCCGGUGCUCGGCCCACGUCACAGAGGACGACGCCUUCGAGCUGCGCCUGGGCCUCCAGACGCUGCUGGACCUCAAAUGCUGCCUGGACCUGAGCACCCGGGUCCUGAAGCUGCGCGGCCUCGGCGAGGAGCUGCCCUUCCUGAAGCCGUCCGCCGAGCGCCGGUGCCAACGCGACACCAAUGAGAACCCGGGAAGCUAGAAUUAAAAAAAAAAAAAUGCACUCCACGCCGCGGCGCCGAGCCCACGGCGUUGGCGUUGGCGUUUUUCCGGCUUCGCGGUGCCUCUCGCACACUGCCAGAACGCGGACGGGUUUUGCGCAUCGACGUGUUUGUAGAACAUUCGCCAUGAUUAUCUCUUAUAUUAGAUUAGCCGUUGUUUACGGAGCGCAAGUCAACCUCUGUGGAUCUAAUCGUUUACGAGGCGCUUGUGACGCUCUCUGAAAAGGGAAAACCGUUAUCAGUCAUUUGGCGUCGACUUUAGUGGCGUAUUUUGUGAACCGGCAGUAUAAACGUUACUUUAAAUCAUCAUCAAGUGAGGUGACAAGUGUUCAAACGGCGUUUCAAGCUGUGUGAGAAAACAGACGGUUAGCGGCGCUUAGCGUAGCAUUGCGCUAGCUUGAAACGGCUAGCGCAGCUCUAUCGUGAGGUAAACUAGCCGCUAAAGAUCACAAGUAAAGUUGUUAAACGAUAAAAACCAGGGGCCCUUAAACCUCCAAUGACUUCUUUUCCAGGCUUUAUGCUAAGCUAAGCGCUGCUAUCCGUUUAGCUUCAUAAUCAACGUAGCGUCUUCUCCUUCUCAUCGGUGUCCAAACUGUCGGCCUGAACCAAAUCAAUCUGUUCUCAGCUUGGAGAAGCAAUUGGGUUCGGAUCCUCUUUGAGACGGUGAUGGGUUCUAUAUAUAUAUAUAUAUU